GUUCGAUCGCCUCUCGAUUUAGAAGUACGCGCCGAAUUGUCUGCUUAUUUUCUCGUCUUGACUUAGAGGACGGCGACGGAAGAGGUUAAUAAAUGAAGGGGAAGUCGACCCCGAAUUAUAGAUAUGCAACGGCAUGACCAUGAUCUUUAGCACCAACACGAUAAGUUGAAGUUGAAAAGAAGCCCUCGCAACAUUAUACCUAUCCUCGUUUCUCGCAAGAAGCAAGAUCAAGAACAUGGCUACUGAAGGACUAGGCGUCUUCGGAUUCGUGGGUGGCGUGUGGGUGUCGUUAAUAUUAGUGUGUGAAGGAAUAGUAAAAGGAGGACUCGAACAAAAAGUUCGCCAUCCCGGAGGUGCGGUUCAUCGCGGUCGACGUCCUCGCCGGGCACGAUUGAUGCGUUACGAAGCGAUCGUACAGAAAAUCGAGCAGAAAGAAAAGCACAGCGCCUUUUGUGACACGACUUCGAUUUCUGCUUGCAGCUCCUAAAUUGUAGCUUGUUACAACUACUUCGUGUUUUUACGAAGAAAAAUCUAAAGAGUAAGUAGUUCUUCUCGGUGAAGAACGUCAUGACCACCGUUGCCAUCCGUCCCUCGCAGCAACUGCAACAGCAGGCUGCCAACAAGAACGAGAUCACGCUGCGCGGGUCGGUGGACAUCAUCACGGAGUUUUUUCACUACGCACUGAACAACAUUCUCUACCAGCGCUGCAUCUACCCGGCGUCGCUGUUCGGUUUCGAAAAGAAAUAUGGUCUGUCAUUGAUGGUCACGAAGGACGAGAAGCUGCAGGAGUAUCUGACUCAGGUGUUGUCCCAGUUAGACAAGUGGCUGGUUGCCGGUCACGUUAGUCGGUUGGUUUUAGUGUUUCUGUCCGAAAAAACGAAGGAGGCGAAGGAAAGGUGGACCUUUCACGUGGAGCAGGAAAAAAGUAUAUAAAGUGUUUUUAUUGUAAAAGGUGUUAGUUUGAGGUGAAGCUGUAGCAUCUAUUGCAUGCAUUACGGCGACUUCUGUUCCGUCACGUGCCGUCCAUGCAAAGAGAUAAUACAAUUUCGGACGAUUCUGAAACCGAAAAGAUAAAUCCAGGUUACAGCCAUCCAGCGACUUCGUCAUCCACAUCGGAGCAAGAAGACGCGCCGAUGAGUGACGCCAAUCAGAAUGGGCCACGACCGGAUCAACAACAUCAUCCAGGGCAACUACAAGCGCAAGAACCUGCUCAACCACCGCAGCUGCACAGAGUGAAAAACAAAAACACCAAGUCCAUGCAGGAGAUUACCCGGGAAAUUCAGUCGAUCAUGCGCCAGAUAACCGCCUCCGUGUCCUUUUUGCCGGUGAUUGACGAGAUUAUGGCGUUUGACCUGCUGAUCUACUGCGAUAAGCAGACCACCGUCCCCAAGUCCUGGGAGGAGGAGCUUCCUUCCGCGUACUCAUUGAAGGAAAGCGCGUGCCAGCAGGUGCGUCUGUCUUCCUUUUCGACCUCGGUGCACCGGGUAGACAGCAUGGUCAGCUACGCGAUGGAAGACUGAUCCGAUGCUGGUCGGCAUUGGAAGGAGUGGCUCAGAUCACACGGUAGUUGAUGCGAAAGCUGCAUUGACAACCCACACCUAAAGAUGAAAAUGAACGAUACAACCUGCGGGAUUUUUUGCACUAGAAUAAAAUGAACACCAGGACGAGCCGUUAUUUUGUACUGGAGCUUCUACGAAAUCUAAAACUAAUACUGUAGUUGCGGAUGCCGUAGCUUGUUUUGUGCGAGGAGCCGCGGCAACAGAGCUCAUAUCCUGUACACAGUCUUGAUUCAAAACGUGGACGUGAAGCAAUGUAGAACCAACUAGAAGCAGGGACUGCGAGUGGAUC